AUGGCUCAGACCCGUGCCUCCCUCCGCAGCACGCAGGGCCUCACCUCUGCCCCCGGGGCCGCCGUCCUGCUCCUCAGCCUGACUUUCGCCUCUUUGCACUCCUGGGCAGAGGCGAGCGGCGGCAACAACUCAGCCUGGACCACCCAGGACCCAGACCCCAGCUCCCUGGAGCAGUGCCCCAGCGUGGACUUCUGCCCGCAGGCAUCCCGCUGCUGCCGCGCCGGGGUGGACGAGUACGGCUGGGUGGCGGCUGCCGUCGGCUGGAGCCUGUGGUUCCUCACGCUCAUCCUGCUCUGCGUGGGCAAACUGAUGAAGCUCACUCCGGAGGAACCCAAGGACUUGCGGGCGUGA